AUGUUGGGACUCACAGUAUCUGCUAUGCGCGUGAACGCAUCGCGUAUGCCACGUAUGGCGAUGGCUGCCGCGCGCCCUAUGCGCAUGUACCAUGAGAAAGUAUUGGACCAUUACAACAAUCCACGCAACGUUGGUUCCUUUUUGAAGACAGACAAAGACGUGGGUGUCGGUCUUGUUGGUGCGCCGGCUUGUGGCGAUGUCAUGAAGCUUAGCAUUAAGGUGAACGAUGAAGGUAUUAUCGAGGAUGUUCGCUUUAAGACGUUUGGGUGUGGCUCUGCCAUUGCCAGCUCGAGCUACAUGACCGAGCGCGUGAAGGGUAUGUCGCUGGAUGAGGCUGCUGCCAUCAAGAACACGGAGGUGGCGCGUGAACUCUCCCUUCCUCCUGUGAAGCUUCAUUGCUCCAUGUUGGCCGAGGAUGCUAUCAAGAGCGCCAUCCAGGACUACCGCAAGAAGCGUGAGGAGACCGGCAACUUCAAGCAGGGUCAUAUUGAAGUGACCCAGGAAGCCGCCACAGGUAAGACGACGGCGGUACCGCACGUUGGCUCUGGUACUGUUUAA